AUGUCGAGUUCUGCCUCUGGCGAUUCAGGCGGUGGCCGUUCGAUGGAGUCACGAGUGGGUAGAAGCAAGCAACGCUACAACACCAAGGGUGAACGUCUCGUCGCUGGCAUCGUCCCUCUUACCUCCGAUCAGAAUUAUGUGCUAUUGAUUCAGUCUACUCGUCGCAAAGGCUGGGUCCUGCCCAAAGGUGGCUGGGAAUCAGAUGAGACCUGCCAGGAGGCCGCCGAACGAGAGGCCUGGGAAGAAGCUGGUAUCACUGUUCAGAUAAGCUAUGACCUUGGGGACAUUGAUGAAAAGCGUGCACCAAAAUCGACAAAAGACCGGUCAAGAUACCACUUCUUUGAAGGCACAGUAACUGGAGAGUUUGACGACUGGCCCGAGUCCCACAAGCGAGAACGGCAGUGGUUCACCUUCACACAGGCGUGGGAAGCAUUAUCGACAAGACCAGAACUUCAAGAAGCCUUGCAGAGGUCUACUGUGAAUCGCCUAUAA